GCCGCGCCUCGGGAUGGCGGGUCGGAGGGCCCUUGUCCUGCUGCUGCCCCGAGGAAGCUGCGGAACUGACGGAGACGCCGCCGCCGCCGCCUUUUUCCAAACCAAUGCAUGAGAAAUCAGGGCUGAUGCACAGCCUGGACAAGCUGGAAUCCUGGCACAAGGAAAAGAACUUGGAUUCUCCGAAUGGCAGUUUGAAUCUGAACAAUGCUGUAAAGAAUGAAGAACUCAAGAAAUGUCCCCAAGAAGUCACGGCUCCCAAUAAAUAUAAUUCUCAGUAUCACAAGUUAUUCAAGGAUAUCCCCACUGAAGAGAGCGUGGUGAAAGUCUGCUCCUGUGCUCUCCAGCGAGACAUCCUUAUCCAAGGCCGCCUCUACAUUUCUCCAAACUGGCUCUGUUUCUACGCAAACCUUUUUGGGAAGGAUAUCAAGGUUGUUAUCCCUGUGGUCUCUGUCCAACUAAUCAAAAAGCACAAAACAGCCCGGUUGUUGCCAAACGGACUCGCCAUCACCACCAACGCCAGCAGAAAAUACAUCUUUGUGUCCCUCAUUUCCAGAGACAGCGUCUACGAUGUCUUGCGGCGUGUCUGCACCCACUUGCAGGUCUCCAGCAAAAAAAGUCUGAGUUUGAAAGAAUUCACCGAAGAGCCAGAUGCGGUAGCCUUGGCGGUCAUCGUCCCAGAGGUGAAUUGGAGGAGGAGGUCCACGGCGUCACUUUCGCUCGCCCUCCCAGAUGCUGGCUUCCAGUGUAUCCACCGAACUUCGAUCAGCAGCCUCAGUGCUAAAGAGACCUCCUGCAACUCGGAGGAGCCCCUGGUAUCAGAAAGCACGGUAAACUCUGAGGAGGAAGAGGAGGAAGAAGAAGAAGAGGAGGAGGAGGAGGAAGAGGAGUUAGUAGUGGACCAAAGCUACAAAGCAGAACUGAGACCAGCUGAUUAUCAGCUGCUGAAAAUCUUCAUAGUGUUAAUCUGCCUUUUGGUGUUGUCCUCAUUGUACCUGGCCUUCCGAAUCUUCCGGCUGGAGGAGCAACUCUCCUCCUUGAACCAGGAUUACCUUUCUCGAGUAUCUCAAAGAUGAUUGUAGCACAAGGAAGAUUGGAGAAGAUGAAACUUCACCUUAAACUCGGGUCCAAGUAGGUAACGUGGCUGCUAUGAAGACGGGGCAAGUGGGACUCUGGUUCUUUUUCCAUUCUUGUUGGACCAAAGCAGUGAGGAACACCUUAGGUGCUUCCUCACCUCCAAGAAUCCCGUUGGAGUCUUAACAUGUUGCGUUGACUCUAUUAGAACAUCUACCAGGCUGCUGGGGAUGCUUACGGCCAUGACUGAAAAGGUCCUAGCUAGUCUGGUCCAAGAGUGGCAGUUCCAGCCACAAUUUCAGAGGUGACCUCCUCAGCGAUGACGAAGUUAUGGAACUUACUCUCAACAGUGCCAGCAACAUUGGAGACUGCACUUAGAGGACUUCUCCAAGGUCCUUCCUUGCACUUUGGAACAGCAGCACUCGGCUGCUCUUACCCGUGAACUUCAUGGCUCUCUCCAAGGGGCUAUUUGAAAUGCCAGGUAGACAUGGCCGGAUUCUCCUCCGCAGAGGGUUCCUCCUGGGUGUGCCCGUUGCCAGCACUCAGGGCCUCUUUUCCCGUGGAAGGCGAGUGGCCGGAUAGUUAUUACUCCUGCAAUGAAAACACAACCAGUCAACGAAGAUGACUAGUAAAUGAUAUUUUACUAAGGAUGAGUAGGGGUGUGGAGCUGUCCCGUCCCUGCCCUUUCACAUCCCAGUAUUCCGAGUUCUCCUUAGGAGAAGGACUGGCUUUCUUGCACUAACAAUGCUGCUGCAGUGAUUUGCACCCCUGCAAAAUUUCCAGAGAGCCAAAGUGACUUUUGAGUGGGUGAGAUGGGGGUGCCUCUCGGCUGCCAGGCAAGCCCAAGGUUCUUAUGGACUGCGGCCAACUGAACAUAUGCUGAGCUGUUGAGUAGGCAGCUACAUCAGGGUCUUUCGGGAAAAGGAAAUGUAGAAGAAGCGUCUCGGUGAUUGAGUUGCAGCCCAAAAUGCCCUUCCUUUUUGGUUUGCCUCCUUAAAAUAGAAGCUGUAGCUUGGCUUUGAUGGGAGGGGAGACCACCCCACCAAGUAGACCAGAUUGUGAAAUCAACUCUACAGGAUGAUUACAGUUACUUUGAGAUUGGCUA